AUGUGCGAGACAAGACAUGAAAUUGCACUAGGAGCAUGUGCAUCGCAGCUCAUGGGAGAUCACCGAACAACGAUCACCGAUCACAAAUCUCAAGAAAAACAGCAAUUGUCACUUGCCAGGAGACUGGACAAAACUAUUUGCUUCCUCGGACUGGCGCUGUCCGUCACGUUGGCCAUUCCCAUUGAUUCUUAUGGUCCAUCUUUGCUGGCUGCUCCAGCAAUCUCCUAUGCGGCUCCCAAGCUGCUUGUACAGCACGCUCCUGCCUUGGCUGUGGCCAAGUAUGCCGAACCCGAGCCCUAUGAUCCGAAUCCUCAGUACAGCUUCUCGUAUGGCGUCACCGAUCACAAGACCGGCGACUCCAAGCAGCAGGAGGAGACGCUCGUCAAUGGCGUUGUCCACGGCAGUUACUCGCUGGCCGAGCCCGAUGGCACCAUCCGCAAGGUGACCUACACCGCCGACAAGGUCCACGGAUUCAAUGCGGUGGUGGAGAAGAAGGGCGUGGCCGCCCAUGCUGUUGCCGUUGCCAAACCCGCGAUCGCCGUGGCCGCCGUGCCAACGAUCACCAAGUUGGCGUUACCAGCCAUUACCAAGAUUGGAUAUGCUGCUCCCGCUUAUGCUGCUCCCGCUUAUGCCUCAUCUGGUUACGGUGGACACUAUUAA